GGCAGGAAGUUCUGUCAGAGUCCAGGCAAGCCCACCGUCCCGCUGGUGGUCCACUCCCUUCACUCAGACCCGAAUCCUUGGCUGUCACACCCCGCCCCCUUGCUCCGGUGGCCCGGGGUCUUCAGAUGGAAGUGGCCGGUUUCUACGACGAAGGCAGCUUCGCGAUCCGUGGAAGAGACUUCGGUGGCGGUCCGUUCUGGCGGUUCGGCGGCUCUAUGACGGAGGUGGGCGUCGAGGACCGGGAGAGGACGAGUGACUACGGUGUCUAUCCGGAUCCCGCGCAGACGCACCCGCAGCCGGGGGACGUUUUCUCGGAGUUGCUGGCGGACAGCAAGACCAGGAGACUCUCCUCUCUGCACAACUACAAGAACUUUGCCUUGUUUAACGAGCUGGAGGCGAACCAGCGCGACGUCCAGCGGGACGCCCGCGACGCGUACCAUCUAGGCUACCCGCCGGAGACCCGGGAGGACCUGCUGGUGGCGCGCGCAGACGGAGAACUGGGUUCAGAUCGACGCUACAGACCAGCGGAGCGGGAGCAGCACGAGAUGGAGAGCAGCUCGUCUGGCUUCGACAUGAGGUCGUACCUUCAGUACCAGUCCACCAGCGGAAGCCUGGGCAACAUCUCCACCGCCUCCUCCACCUGCUCCAGCCCGCCCGGAACACCGGCACCCCAGAACGGCAGGCGCUCCCCAUCUCACGGAGGAAAGCUGCCCGCUGGGAAAUCCAAGAAGCGCCUGGAUAAGGACAGUGACGAAUACCGGGUCAGGCGGCAGCGGAAUAACGAGGCGGUUCGGAAAAGCCGGGAUAAAGCCAAGAUGCGGAACUUGGAGACGCAGCACAAAGUUCUGGAACUGGCGGCGGAGAACGAGCGGCUGCAGAAGCGGGUCGAACAACUGAGCAGGGAACUGACCACCCUGCGGAACCUGCUGUCCGCCACUGGACAUUGUUAGAACCGGGCAGGUCGGGACUGAAUAUGGACCGGUUGACAUGUGUUUUACGGCUGCAGGGACACUGGAGGUGGAUCAGAACCGUGUUUUUGUGAUUCUGCUGCAGUGUGAUGAUGCAACUGUCGGCAACUCUGCUGGAGGAGAAAUAAUUAUUUAAUAAAAAUAAAUCUUUUAUU